GAAGAAACUAAAAAUGUAAAAAUGAGCGCACGAAAGAAAACCUGGGUGAGAUGCGCUUUUAGCGAAAUGAACCUGACCUCCAGUCCGGUUCCUUCGGAAGCCACUCCAGCCAAGCGAACAAGAAGUGCUAGCAAUGUGACAACCAGAAUAUCGAGGUCUCAAAGCCUUAAAUCCACACCGACUAAAAUUCCGGACGUGGAAUCAGUAGAUCUCACUGCCAUAGAUGAUGAUCAAAAUGAAGACCACAAUGCGUCGCCACCGGAAGUCAAAGAAAACUGGAUGGACAGCUUUGCACCUGCUUGUAGCGAAGCAUUAGCCGUGCAUCCCAAAAAGAUCGAAGAACUCCGUAAUUGGCUGCGUCACUGUGAGGCAAUGCGAAAGAAGUUUCCUGCCCAAAUGUGCCUGCUCACCGGACCUACUGGUGCCGGAAAAACCGCCACGCUGCGCGUCCUGGCCAAGGAGUUCGGCUUCCAGGUGCAGGAAUGGAUAAAUCCCGUCGACUGUGAGGUGGUCAACGCACUGGGCGAUCAAGAGGUUGAAUCUUCCUAUGUGGGUUCCCACCUGGAUGCUUUCAAGAGCUUCCUGCUUCGUGCCUCGCGUUACAAAUCCCUGCUUGAGUCAAGCAACAAGAGACUGCUUCUUGUCGAGGAUGUUCCGAACAUCCUCCUUAGAGAUAAGACGAUCAAUUUUGAGGAACUGCUAGAAGAGUACUCCAACUAUGGCAAAUCGCCCUUGGUGUUCAUUGUAGCCGAUGCCAAAAGUCGAGACUUAAACAUGAGCUACCGUCUUUUUCCGGAUGAAGUGAAGGCUAAAUACCGUAUCGAACACAUAAGCUUUAACUCUAUUGCAUCCACAAUCAUGCAGAAGUCAAUGAAAGCCUUUUGUUCUGUUAUGCAGCAACCUCAAAAUAAGGCUACGUACAAGGUGCCCUCAACCGCUGUUGUUGACUCAAUAGUCGUGAGCGCCCAGGGUGACAUAAGAAAUGCAUUGAUUAAUCUGCAUCUCAGCUCCUUAAAGGGAGUUGCCAGCAUGCCGAUUAAGCAGCUAAAUACUAGCGUAUCCACAAAAGGACGCAAAAAGAAGAUGCAAAGCACAUUAAAGUCCAUUGGCCGAGAUGAAUCUAUUACUCUGAUGCACGCAUUGGGAAGGGUUCUGAAUCCUAAGUAUAACGAGGACAAACGCAUGCUGCACAGCCCCGAGGAAUUAACCGAAGCCUUUAACACAGAACCAAGGAAUUUUGUAAACUUUAUACAUUCCAAUUAUCUGCCACAUUUCAACGACAUAGAGGAGGUCGUUUCCGCCAUUGAUGACUUGGGUCUGUCAGAUUCCAUGCUCAAUGAAUACCGAGAUGAUGCUUUGUCCGUAAUGGGUCUUAACAUCGCUAUUAGAGGAGUUAUGCUGGCGAAUAGUUCCCCUGUCAGCGGCUGGAUGCCAGUUCGGGGACCCAAGCGUAUAAAUCAACGACCACAAGCCACAUUGGCGGAGCAGAAUCUGGUGGGUGUGGGUUACGCAGGCAUUUCCAGGACGCUUUAUGCCACCGAAUACUGUUCCUUGGUAAAGCACAUAGCUGAAAAGCAUUCGGAAAGCAGUUCAAGCCAAAGUACUGAUCCUAUUUUAAAAUAAUUAUGUUUCUUACGAAUUUAAACCUUGUUUAGAGUAGAUUUAAAAAAUUAAUUUAUCUGAUGUUAAAACAAAGAAUAUGAAGAAAAUAAAUUUUAACAGGAAAGGAAGCUA